AAAACUUAUUUAAAAGAUGAUACCUAUUUCUUAAAUUUUUUAAAAGAAUGUCAAUCAGAUCAACAAAAACUCUUGUUAUCAUAAGAUAGAUGUCUAAAUAUAGAAACAGAUAAUGACAUAUCCACGAAAGUUCUUUGGGAAAAAAAAGAAACAGAAAGCUCCCACGUCAGGACACCUAUGUUGAUCACUGGAAAUUUAGAAAGUGAAAACGCGCUUCGAGUCAAACGACUAUUAAUUACCCACACAGCGUAGACAUAGUCUUGUAUAAAACUCAUUUGUUCAUCUGCCAAGACGUUAUAACAAACCAGAAACAAAACAAAAAAAAACGUAAUACUUCUCUUUAUACAAGGAUCUCAAGAUCAAAGAUGAUGAUGGGAAAAGGGACCUUUUCGAUGUUCAAGACGAGGAAGGAAAGGACGAGAUUGAAAUUUUUGAGACUUGGAGGACUAAAAUGGAAGAGACUGAAUCUGAAGAUGUCGAUUUUCGAAACUUUGAAAUACAGAAUCAUGUCUAUCAUUGAAGCAAUGGUUUUGGUUUCUAAGCUUGGUUUCUUCUUUCUUUGUUGCGGUUGCAGAUUCUAACACCUUGUUUUUGUGAUCAAUUCUGUAUUUUUCCCUUUUUUGUAUUCUUAGAUUAUAUAUGUUAAAUUUUGAUUCUAUU